UACCCACUAUCGACUCAGUUGCUGGUGACAACGAUACACACAUACACAUACUCAUGAUUGUGAGACAAGGGGUUCGAUAAAGUAGAAAGUUAGCAAAGGCUACGCGCACACAUCGAGAUGGACAUUUUGGAAGAACCAAGAAAGCUAAAUGUGUCCUUUGGCACCACACAGAACAGGACACUGUUUCCUGUCCAUAUGGCUCCCAAUAGAUUUGGAAAUGAUCUGAAACCCUUGAGAGGUCAACCUAACACUGGGCCAGGAUGCUACAAUAAUGAGGAGGUUAGCAACUUCAAAUAUCAGAUUGACACGUACCUUACUAGUCAAAAAGGUUAUACAAUGGGAGCAAGAACAGGUCCAAGGUUUAGGAAAGAGUUUAAGGAAGUAACCCCAGCUCCUCCAGAGUACCAGACUAAGGUCACUGACCCCAUAGAGUUCACACCUAGCUACAAACCUUUUAAUGCAGCUGCAGACAGAUUUCCUGUUUACAAAAGAGAGAUUGAAGAAUCUGUACCUGGUGCUGGAACAUAUGAACAUGAGAUUCCAAGAAACAGGAAAGUGCAGUGGCACCAGUCAUUUGGUGGGGCUCCAAUCAAUCUCCCAGCAGUGACCAUCAAGAGCACACUGCAGCCUAAUACAGAAAAGCUUCUCAGUACAAAAGAAACAAAAAAGUAUGAAAGAAGGCUGGCAUAUCUGAAACUGUAUUACAAAUGACUCUGAACUUGACAUUAUGUUGGAAUGCAAAAUGGUCUGUUCAGGCCAAUGGGAAAUAAGGAAAUCCAAAGAAAAAGCAUUUGCUUUGACCAAGGAUCCAGCUUAUGGGUGUCAACGGCAGUGAUGGUCUGAUUCAAGUAAUUUAAUUCUUCGUACAAUCAUUGGAAGCUAAAAACCUGUGGUUUUCUCACAGGAGAAGUGGUUUUGGACAGACAAGUCAACUUUGUCUUCAUUGAUUGGAUCUGUUUGAAAGAAUAACAUCAUACUCAUCAAAGCAUCUGGAACGUAUCGCCAAAUAUCACUUAUCCAUAAAUCUGGAUAUUCAUUAUCAUUUGCAUGUAAUUCA